AUGGACGAAGACGUUGUGCGGGCCAGGCUCGAGCUGGGCGAGAAGCCGCAGCUGACCAACAUUGUCAAGCGCUACUUUCUCCUCGCCAAGUCGCUCAAGGCAGAGCCUGUCGAUGCGGACGAGGUGGAGCGGACGGCGAGCGCGCUGCUGCGCGACUUGGAGACGUAUGCGCUGGACAUGGGCCGGAGCAGGGCUCUGCACGGCCGUGCGGCAGCUCAGCACGAGCUGUACGAGAAGGCGCUGGAGGGCAUCCGCGCCGCAGAGCUCGCAGUCGCCGACGACGUCGCCACCCUGCAGGACCGCCUCGCGGCCGAGAGGGUUAAGCGGCGCAACAACGAGGAGUACGACAUGCUCGCCUCCAAGAUCUCCGAGUUCCCCAAGCGUUCAGACUCGCUGGCGGCCCUGGACAACGUCCGCUCGCGUCUCGACGCCCUCGACGCCGCCGAGCACGCCCUCGCCGCCAAGAAGAGCCGACGGACAAAGCAGUUCUCCCUCCUCCUCUUUGCAAUCAACGAGCUCCAGCGCGAGCUUGCUGCCGAGCCAGACGCCAACUCGGACACUGACGUCAGCCUGGCUACCGACGCCACCGCGUCCGUCUAA